ACGAGACUGGCACAUUUCCGCCUUCAUUCGCGGCUUUUUCGUGCAGGAAACGGAACAAACCUGCCCGACACUUCUUACUACAGAUGAGUAUCUUGUCUACGGUCAUUAUGAUGCGAUAGUAUGUGGGGGGGGAUAUGGCCGAACAGCCCAUGGAGCUCUCGUGGGUCGCGUAAGGACAGUGGAAACAAACUAAUUGGCCUACAAGAUCAUCGUCAACAAUGACCUGCAGUCUCUGUUGGAUGUGUUUUCCUGCAGAAAUCACUGUAUUUUCCGGUCGAAAAUAAAACUGUCAGACCACAGGGACAGGAUCCCCCACUGGCUUCCCACCUGCUAAUACUGCCAUUGGUUAUCUCUGCAGGGCCAAACCAGAAUCACCAGCGUCACCAUCUGAAACUGGAUCUGUGCAUUGGCGGGCAAAUUAUUUUCUCUUGCGCCACCCAGUGGACAAAAGUGUACUUUUCACACUAUACUGUUCUUCUGUUGUACUUCUAUUAGACUAAUAAGACUAAAUCGGUUAACUUAAUUUUGUAAAGAAAAGGAAGAAGAAGAAGAAAACAAUAUGUACAGGAGAAGUAGCACAAGGAACAGAAAGAUACCCAGAUAUAAAUACUAUGAUGAAGACGAGGAGGAGGAGGAGGAGGAGGAAGAAGAAGAGGAAUAUCAGGAAGACGAUGAGCAGCUAGGCAUAUCCACCCAGAACACUCCUAACCAGAGAGCACAGGAAAAUAGACUCUUGUCUGUAAUCUGUGGAAACAAAAAUGGCAUCCUGCAUGUGAAAAAGCUAUACAGGGGUGAGGAGUGUAUCGAGUCUGAGGGCCGCUGGUUUUCUCCCGGUGCCUUUGAGGACUUUGGGGGUAGAGCCUCCAGUAAAAAAUGGAAAACAAGUAUUUUCUAUAAAAAAAAGCCUCUGCAGUAUUGGUUUGAGCAAGGUUUCUUAAACACCAGAGGAUUUAAAAAGAGAAGAACUGAGACUAUGAAGCAAAAGAAAAUCCUGUCACGUAAUUGCAUAUCAGAGAGUCUGAAGUCUGAAGAAUCAGAUAUACAAUCCAUAGAAGAAUUGGAGGAAGACGACGUUAAAGAUGACAACUGGUUUCCAGGCAGUGAAGAAUUGACACAGGAGACAGAGGAGGGAGAUGAGGAAAGAGUAGAGGUUGAAGAUGGAGGGGACGUGAUAGAUUCAGGAGUUGACGAGAGUAAAAAAGGGGAAGAUGAAAUGGAAAACGGAGAAACGGAAGAUGAGGAUAUGCCUCCUGUUGCUGAAAACGACGAAGACAACGAAAGGGAGACAAACCUCAUCCUUUCGACAUCUGAGAAAAAUGAAUUGCAGAAAAAAGUAAAAGUUGUCCUCAAAAGGCUUUCAGAGUUUCAGACCACAAGAGAUUGUCAGCCCAGCGGCAUGGAGCGUCCACUAGAAGACAUCUGGUGUAAGCCAUUGGAUGGGGAUGCAGAAAGUGAAGAGGAGAGAGAGCACAGCAGUUCGGCAAAAGAUGACCCCAUUGAUCCCUCACACAUGUCGGACCCACCCAUCGUUGGGGGACAAAGUAAUGAAAGAAAAGAAGAUGGACAGAGAGAAAUCAAAACUGGAACACCUCUGUGUGCAUCAGUUGCCUGUGCCCCAGACAUCCAACCUGAAAUCCUGAAUAAACCUGAAGACAUUGGCUCAACCAGCAAUCACACUGCCGAACUCCGAAUCACCCCUGUUCUGUUAGUCACACAGGGAACCAACAAUAUCAGAGAUGUCGCCACAAACACAGAACACAUUCAGAGAGAUGCGACCUCCUCUGGCCAUGAUGCAGCACAAUCAAAAGUGAUCAAAAUAGAGAAAAGUGCCUCAGACAGCACUCAGCCCUCCGCCAUAGUGGAGGGUCCAAUCUCCACUCAGUCUAAUCUGGAUACAAUGGACCUUGACCAGCUGAAGAGAGAGAAAAUAAAAAUGCAGCUAAAGGUUUUGAAGUUGCAAGAUGAAUACUACACUCUGAAAAUUAAGCAACUCAAAAAAUGAAAUUUUCAUUGGAGCCUAACUGUAAGGUUGACAGUAUGGACAAGCUUGCAUGGUGCAGCCUAAAUUCACGCACAUUGCAUUAUUAUAACUGACAUGUAUAUUGUUACAGGUUUACUUGAAACAACCAAAACAACCCUUUCAGAGCUGAAUACACUUGUGUUGGCUAGUUUUAAAGGACUAUGGCAUCUUUUUCCAUUAAGAAACUGAAAGCAAAAUACAACCACGCAAAUUGUGUGUUGUUGCUGAGCAAUCCCAACACACCCUUCUCUGAAAUGUGCGUGCAUGUCUUUGCCUGAAAGCCAUCUCCUGGCAAAUAUUGUACUACACUGCCGGGCCAAGUCCUGUCAUGCUAAAGUGAUCAUGGAUCUUGCAAUAAAAGGUUAGAUAAAAUGAUCAGGUUAGGUCAGCUGUGGAGUUCUCCCCAAAUCUGACAGACGUAGUAAUUUACUGCAUUUGAUAAUUAAAGGCUUUUUCUAACUUUUUCUUAACCCUCUCAGGUCUAAGCCAUUUCCCCCAAUAUUUGGUUCGCCUGGUCUCCUUGUGUAAUAAUGCUUGUAUUACCUCAAACCUGUUAUGAACAAUCAAGUUAUAAACAUGAUUUAUGUAUUUAGAAAUUGUUAUAUGACUAUAAAGACAAAAGAAAAGACUAAGGUAACAGAAAUGAAAUCUUACAGAAAUGUAUUGAAAUCUGAAAUUGCUAUCCCAAGUCUUGGCAAUCAGUGGAAACAAAAAUAAACUCUGUAACUAACAAAAAUAUGAAACAAUUUAGAUUUUUUUCCCCAUAAAAGUCCAUAUGCUUUUAUCCAAAAAGUUAUUUGUGUCAUCUUUGAUGCAUUAUCUGUCUGCUAUUUGACAUCAGUAGGCCAAAUCACACUCAGUUCAAACUCUAGGCUUCUAUCUGCCAGGACCAACACACACAC